CUGCAGUGGUGAAAGUGAAACUGAUGGGAAAGCUGCAAGAUGGGACUGUUUUUGUGAAAAAGGGAUAUGACGAGGAGCCAUUUGAAUUUACUAUUGACGAAGAACAAGUUAUUGAUGGACUUGACAAAGCUGUAAAAACAAUGAAGAAAGGAGAAAUUGCAGUGGUAACAAUUCAACCAGAAUAUGCAUUUGGCUCAUCUGAAUCUCCACAAGAGCUGGCUGUUGUUCCUGGGAAUUCAACAGUGUACUAUGAAGUUGAGAUGGUGUCAUUUAUAAAGGACAAGGAGUCAUGGGAAAUGAAUACACAGGAAAAAAUAGAAGCUGCCAAAGCGAAAAAGGAGCAAGGAAAUGUUCUUUUUAAGGCAGGCAAAUACGAGAGAGCAUCAAAAAGAUACGAAAAGUGCUUUUUCACUGCUAAAUCAGGAUCCUGCGGAAGCUGA